UUACGCAAACAUUUUAGGUUUUUAGACCCACUCCUUCCCCAAUCGUAAGAUUUUUUACAUACAUUAGCGCCAUUUUUCUAAUGAAAGUAAUCAAUAGCUAGACCCCCCUUCCCCUUAAAUGGGUGAGGGGGGUCUGCCAGAUCUUACGAACAAUAAAAAAAUGACGCUAAUGUAUGUAAAAUAUCUUACAAAGGGGGGGGGGGGUAAGUAACACGUAAGUAACCUGGAAACAAAGGCAACCUAAUUUGUUUACAGUGAUCUUUGUGACACGAGUGGAGGUUGCCGAGACCAUGGCGCCCUCGACCUCCACUUGGGUCACAAAAAUCACCGUAAACAAAUAGCUGCCUUUGUUCCUUUUUUGCUUAAUAUACUAAAAGUUGCUGAAAUCUAAAAGAAGUUCCUAAAUAUUAGCAUAACGCAAAAAAGUAGUAAAUAGUAGAUAUUAGUAGAUGAGUGCGAAGCCUGCAAAAUUUAAAAGUUAUAAAACCGAAGAAGGUAACAAAUUAUCAAAAAAGAAAAAAAAACGAGAAACUUUAUGCGCGCAUCAUUCGCACAGAUGAAAAAGUAUACCAACCUUUCGAUGAAGCAGUUGCUUUUCAACAAUUGUCUUUUGAUUCCUCGACUGCAGAGUAUCUUCUUAAUACAAAAAAUUCACUCACAGGAUUAAAAGCACAAUAAUUUUAGUUUUUCUCAAUAUUUACGGUAGUAACGCAAUCCGAAGAAGCUCCCGUUGGAAUAAUGAAAUCAGCGGUGGGCUAGACGGCGAACGCAAACGGCUCCCACUCUCACGUAUGAUAGUGUGUGUGUGGUCUAGGAAGGUGCAAGUUUGCCGUGAGAGUGGGGGCCGCUCGCGUUCAUCAACUGACAACAAAACUUUUUCUGAAAACGCGUCGCGAGAACGUGAUGAAUGAGAUAGAAAAAAUACAAAUAUUUCUCUGUACUUUUCUAUCUCAUGUAUGGCAGGACGUUUUUUCGUGGUACUUCCUAUAUUUUACUAUAUCAAUAUACAUAAGAGCGUAACGAAAAAGCGUCCCGCUUAUACGCAUCUUAGAUCGUAGUGUGGAUUUCCCAUUAGGGCACUUCAGCCACUUGUGUGCAUUUUUUGUGGCGCGUGCCGCCCAUGUUACAACAGGUCUACCCUCCCCUUCCAUAUUGUUAGUGUUUUGGGCAUCUUCUAACGCUUCUAAUACAAUCUUCGCUGUUUAGUCGUUCAGUUAAUCAUUUGUAGUCGUGCGCAGUGCUGCGAAAUUAGUACGGAUAAACAGCGCUUUAAAAGAUUCAAACUGGCAGCGCUGUUUUUGGGUGCUCUGAAAUCAAUCAUGAGCUCGACGGAUCAAAAUGUGUCACCAAAACCUACCACCAGUACAUUGCCGCCAGAAAGUCAACGAACCGAUGAAGUGAAAAGAAUACGUCACGGACGAGGACGGAGUGGCGGCAAUAGUAAAAUAGCGAGAGCGGCAGCAUUUAAAAUCGUGAAUGAUGGAAACGAUCCAAAUAAAAAAGAAGGGACAAGGAGAGAAAAUAGAAAUAGGAAAGGAGAUAAGGAUAAGGAACAGAAGAGGGACAGUCGAUCGAGGAGCAGAGGAAGUACGAAAGAAAGGGAAAGAAAUGGAAGGAAGAAUGAAGAGGAAAGAAAGGAGACAGGUGACGGAGAGGGGCGAAGAAAAGGAAGAAAAAAAGGAAAAAAAUUGAAUUUUAAUAGAGGAAAUGGACGUCCGUACAUAGGGAAGAAGGUCAUAAUGAUUAAUCCCAGAGGAACAUUCAAUUUAUAAAUUUUUUUUUAAACAUAAUUUUGUUAUUUUAAUUGAAUAAAUUGAAUUAAUUUGAA